GUACAGCAAGAUCAUGCCUCUUCUUCUUUCGUGCUUGCGCACAAAGCGAAUCUUCAGAAUUAUGACCAAUAAGUCCUCUUCGAGUGUUGAUGAAGAAAUGAAUGAAGACUCUCUGUUGAGGGAUGACGCCGCUGGUGCUGAACCUCAGCUUUCACUCUCGGCGCAGAAUAUGGCCGCCUUGAGAGAUAAUCUGGGAAUAAAUACCAUUCAGAGCGCGGUUGAGAAUUUAACCUCGCUGGUAUCUGGCCAAGUUUGUAACAACAAACGAGAAGCCAGUCCCAACUCGUGGAGCGGAGCUGGUUCAGCCCGCAAAAAGUCCCGCGAUGAAACUGAGGGUUUUGACCCCUCAACUAUCGCCCUCGAUUUGCGAUAAUGGCGACAAAGGCGAUUCUGAAGACGAAGAAUCUUUCCUACCUCAGUCGAUUUUCGACGAAAGUGAAUCAAAGGGUCCGGAAGUGGCGAAGACUCUUGCUAGUCGCGUGAAUGAGUCGUUUACGUCUAAGCCGCUCGAAGGCAAAUUGAAGCCUUUAAUGGACAAUUAUAAAUCUCCUGUCAACUGCGAGAUGUUGUGUGUUCCUAGAGUUAACUCUAUUCUUUGGAACGAACUGCCAAAGCGAGCGCAUCAGAUCGACUUAGGGCUACAAGAGGCCCAAAAGGCAAUCAUGAAGACAGCCCAAGUACUGGUUUCAGUUACUGAUGAUAUGAUCAAUGCGAAGAAAAACAGUCUCUGAAGCCCGGAUCUUUUAUUGACCCUCUGUCAGAUGCUAUCACAUUUGUGGGUCAUGCGAGUUAUCUCACUUCUCUUAAGAGGAGAGACCUGCUAAAGCCUGAGCAUAGCAAGGAUUUUCAAUCGCUAUGUUAGGCUUCAACGCCAGUUGAAUGAGAUUUCAAAGGCGAACAAAGUUGCUACAAAAAUAUCGGCAAGCUCGUCUGUUUCUCAGCGCCACAGAUCGCGAGGUGGUUACCGUAACAACAACAACAACAACAACAGGCAGAGGAAUUCGUCUUUUUUACCGCACCAGAACCCCAAUUCUGCGUGGGGAAAGACGCAGGGAAACCAGAACCAAGACUCGUCGAGACCAUACAACAGGAAAUACAAAGCGUCAAAAGCGAAGUAAACAAUUCUCAUUCCAAGUGUGCUGACCCACCUACGGACACAUCUCGUGCAAACGUUGUUACUAGUAACGCCAGUGUGGCGUAUUGAGAAUGUCAACCGAAAGACUUAAUUCCCCAAGUGGCCGAACCUUCUGAAGCUGCCCCACACGGAUCAGCUCCACCCCUUCCGGGACCAACUCCAGCUAGCCGCGUGGACUCUAUCAGGGCAUGUCUCCUUAGCCGAGCAUUUUUUUUUUGGCGCAACCAAGAUUAUCUGCGAGUCAUGGACAAAGGGAACAGGCAAACAAUACGAUGGUGCCUGGUCUAAAUGGGAGAACUGGUGUCGUGAACGGUCACAUGAUCCUUUUCAGGCAUCUGUGAGUACACUGAUCAAUUUUUUGACGUCUAUGUGCGACGAUGGCAAAGCUUACAGUACCAUAAACACUUAUCGCUCAGCGGUGUCAACUACGCUUGAAGCUGUUACGGGGAUCAAUAUUGGUUCGCAUCCUUUAGUAACCCGAUUUAUGAAAGGUGAUUUUGUGAAAACUACUCCUAAGCCUCAGCCUAACACUCUUUAUCGCUCAAGGAACUGACUCUUAAGACAGUUUCCCUUAUCGCGUUAGUUACAGCGUGCCGUUGUCAGUCUAUUAAUUUACUGGACUUAAAUCAUAUGUCUGUCUCAGAUGGUCAGAUAGUUUUUGUUAUAAAUGAGCGUGUUAAGACAUCACGUCCUGGGAAGGUGCAGCCCAGGAUUACGAUUCGUAGUUUUUCAGACAAUAGCCGUCUGUGUCCGUGCUUGCAUGUAAAGCAUUAUCUUGACAGGACAAAGUCUAUUAGGUACUGUGACAAGUUGUUUAUUUCGUAUUGUAAACAAACCGUAUAAGGGUGUUACCCCUAGCACUAUUGCGAGAUGGCUCAAGGCUGUACUUAAAUGUGCUAACAUAGAUACUUCUAUUUUCAAGGCCCAUAGUCACCGUAGUGCUGUAACAUCUGAGGCCUUUUUCAAGGGUGCAUCGGUAGCUGAUAUCAUGAAAUUGGCUGAUUGGUCAGUGCACAUUUAAUAAGUAUUGCAAUAAGCCUAUUGCCCCCUCUGACACGUCGGUCAGUAUGCUAGCCUUGUCCUAGCCCUUUACGCCUAUUCAAUAAUGAGGUGUAUGUUUUUUCUGUGUGUUUAUUUGACAUCUCUCUUUGAAAUCGCAUUAUAAGGGCAUAAUGUGGAGUAUGGUGAAAGAGAAUUUUAAAUUAGACAAGAGGUAGACUUACCUUGAAGAAUAAUUGUAAUUCUCUGAGCCAUACGGAACAUUAUGACCUUAUUAGGUACCCACCUUUUUCAUUUGCGCCACUAAGUCUAGCUGUCUGUGGCCCACCCUUCAUUUGAAGAAGAAGAGGCAUGGUCUUACGCGGGGUUUUAUACCAUGUUAAUUUGCAUAACAAUGGUUUCUUUAAAACGUGGCAAUCUGCGCAUGCGCAAGGAAGUACGCAUUAUAAGGUCAUAAUGUUCCGUAUGGCUCAGAGAAUUACAAUUAUCCUUCAAGGUAAGUCUACCUCUUGUCUAAUUUAAAAAUUUUGCCGGUUCACCCCACAUAAUAAAAAAAGUACAAACCCGAUUACAGUGAAUGAAGUCGCUACCAGAUAGACAGAUUAUGCCUUACGUUUAUCAUGUGCCGUGAUUUCCAUUCGAAGCUAACACUAUAAAUGAAAUCAAAUGUAUCGGAAUUAGACAAGCAAAUUGUAAACAAUAAACACAAAACCGCAUAUUUUGGAAUUCAAAAACGCAGCUCAAGACAACUUUUAUUUGCGGUACAGCGAAAACUAACUUAAAGAUAGAGUAUGACGAGUACACUCUUUUAUUUAUAAACACCUCUAGUUUUUAGUUAGGGCUAGGCCGCUCUUAUUUUUGGAGAAUUUUUAAGGCUGAAUAUGUUUUUAACGAUGUUCUUAAAUUUUAGUGUACUUAUUAGAAAAAUAUAAUACCCAAUGAAUUAUUAAGGAAUAUGAUCAUUAGCAAUAAUAAGGGUGUUAUUAUGAGCCCAAUUUUGAAGCUGCAUUUUAGAACGCAUCAGGACUAAAAAAAGGAAUAUAUAUUUUUUGAUCAUCUCUUAGCAUGUUCUUUUUAAAAAAAGGUUCUUUUAAAAGUAAGACAUGUGUAGACAUUCUUAUUAGAAUAAGAGUGUAGUUCUCUUUAAGAUGUACAUUUUUAUCUUUAAUAGAACUGAGCAAGUUUAUUUAUGUAUGUUUAUUCGAAUCCCCCGCUUUUGUCCCAAAGCUGAGAGGGUUACUAUUUAUAGACAGUGAUGACAAUUUUUAGGAAUGCCCAGAAUGCCCGGCACGACCUCGCAACAGAGCAAAACAACUGCCUGGCGACAGGCAGACAAAAGAAACAAUAGAUAUCAGAUGUUGGCCAAUGAAAAAACAGAACCAUUACGUCGCCCAGGGCCAAUCAGCGCGCGAAAUAGUGCUAGUAGUUUAUUAGUAACGCGCGAAAUCGCAUAGAAACAAGAGAAGCAAGCUUCGAUCAUCUUAAAAAAUACAGAAAUUCGGGAUGAAUUUUGGAGGCCAGGACAAAAACAAAGCAUUAAAAUACAGGGAUAAUCAACGUACACCGUAGAAAUUUAUUUGUGCACCGGUGUAUCAAUUUGAGCGACUUGGUAGCUGAAUUCGAGUUUGUAAUAGAAGGAAGAUCUGCCGGAAGAGAAACGCAUAAGUUGGUGAAUUAAAAUAUAUAAGGUAUCUAAAUACUAAGAAGUGCAAGGGACGUUCAGGACAUUAUUUGAAAUCGAUCGUCAUGGAUCGACUGGAGCAGCCGAAGGAGUUUGUAAACUCUAAUCAUUUGGAAUGGCGAGAUACAAACCCGAAAAGUCCCGCUUCCCCACAAUCACCGCCUUCACUGCAAGUACAAGGCAAAAGUCUUACGCUAAAUCGCGUUAAACCGAUCAUCAAGGAACAUACCAGUCGGGAACUGUCAAAAAAGAGCCGAAAGCAAAGGCUUUUGAUGUCCCAGAAGGGAAAUCUAAGUGCACUGAAGCUGAAACGUAGGGAAACAUCGCCUGAUAUACAUCAAUUGGAUACAAGAGUCAAACCUAAACGAGAACCCCUGCCUAUGCGGAUGAGGGCUCUGCCGCAGUCUUUCUUCCAUGAGCCUCACAGUCUGCAGACUAGUUCAUUGGGCUCUGGAAGUGCUUUGGCCCCUGCUUUUCCACCGUUGUUUCAUAAUGCAAAUAAUACAGGAUACGAUGUUAGCAAUCUUCGGCCAGUCACCCCCCCAGAAGAGAAGAUGCAGCCACGCCCUCCAAAAGAGAGAAAAGUAAAUUAUUCAAAUACCCCUAGUGAGGAUUUGUUGUCAAGGUUAUUUGAUCCAGUUUUGGAGGACAAGACCAAGAAAUUUGUUGUCAAGAGAGGAAGACCAAGAAGAGUUCAAUCAGACUUAUGUCCAAGCAUGUUACCAAAGCUGGAGGAAGACCCAACAAUGGUAGAAAACAUUGCAAAUAGACUAUUUCCUCAGCUUACUCUUAAUAGCAGACUGAAGACUGGGAAUUCAGCGAACACACAACUCUCUACAGUAUCUGUACAAGAUGGAAAAAAUUCAAUAACAUUACCAUCUAUCAAUCUAGAACAGAACUACUCUCAAAUGCUUUCAGAAAUUGUGGCACACAUGUAGGUUAGGGAUUUUAGUAGCCAUGAGACAUACUAUAAAAGGUUAGUUUUGUUUAAGUUAGGGGCAUAAUCAUAAGAAAGCCAUUUUUUGCUUUCGCAUUUGGUCCUGCCAAUUAAUGAAACAUUAGUCAGUGAUGUAUACAAGGGCAGAUGCAGGAUUUCUUGAAAAGGGAAGGAGGGAAUAAUCAUACUUUGCAAAGAAGCUGGUCUUCUGAGAACCACUGGAUGGUAUUGUUAUGAUUAUUUUGUUAAUAAUUCUUCUUCUCUGUAGUUGUACAAUUUUAUAUAGUUAGAGUUAACCUGUUUAAACAAGUUUAUUAUUAGAGUUAUUGUGUGAAAAUGUACAAUGGCUUUUGGAAAGUUCAAUUAACUGAACCUUCAAAAGGCCCCAGAAAGCCAUGACUUGUAAGAGCCCAAUGCUGCUUGAAAGGAUUUAAUUUAUUUGAAUCUGGUUAUAAAGGCACUUUGCUUCUAAGCCUUACUGAAAGGAUGGAGAGUGGAAAAAAACCUUAUUCAGCAUUUGAUUAAGUUAGGGACUUCAGUUCACCUAACCCACAUUGGGAGGGACUGUAGAUAAACACAUGUAAAGACAAAACAAAUAGGUGAUAAUGAAUUUAUUCUUUCAAGCACAUUAUGAAAAAAAUGUUCAUGAUUGAAAAACAAAUCUUGGAACUAUAGAGAAAUAAAAGCUAUGAUUAUAUAAUAUAUUCCAGACAUCAUUUGCAUGGUAAAUUACUCUUUCAUUUAGUGAAGACAUUCACCGGCACAUCAUGAGAUGAUACGAAACCCUUUAGAGAAGAAAUGUUUAUAGUUUUAUUUAUAAACUGUUGAGCAAGAGAAUUUAUUUGGUAGUCCAUAUAACAAAACAACAUAUGAUUCAUGCAUAUGUGACAGGUAAGACCCUGGCUGAUAGUGAGUUGUCUACAUAAUGGAAAAAGAUAUAUUGGAUGUAAAUAUUUUUUUUUUAUCUUAAAACAAAUAAAAAAUAAAAUGAAAAA